CCGGUUACAUCUAAACCCAUUUAACACUGUUCAUCUCUGUUAUUUUAGCUACAAACUUCAAAAAGACUACUCAAUUCUGCAAGUUUGUGUAAUUGUGUGUAUAUACACAUAUACAUACACUAUACAUUACUCAGCAAUCGUGCCCACUUCAUAAUUGGAGAUGGUGGAUGCAUCAGUUGCAAAUAUUGAAUUAACAAAAGAAGGAAAGAUGGAAGGAAAUAUCGUCAAAGUAGAUGGACACAAACAUCGCAUUGAUGAAUUACAAAUUCAGGUGGACAAGAUUGAAAAACGAGUAAAUGAGGUUCAGCAUUUUUACAGGACUACGAGUAAAAAUCAACUAAGCACUGUGAAAGAUCACCCAGCUCGAAAGGAUAAAGAUAAGGAUAAACAUAUUCCUGGUAUGAAAAGGCAGCAGCAAGAUGCAUCACGCAGAGAUGCAGCUGCUGCAAAGAGAAUGCAAGAGCUUAUGCGCCAAUUUGGCACAAUAUUUCGCCAGAUAACUCAGCAUAAAUGCGCAUGGCCCUUUAUGCAACCUGUCGAUGUUAAAGGUCUGGGAUUGCACGACUAUUACGAGGUUAUUGAUAGGCCAAUGGACUUCAGUACAAUAAAAAACCAAAUGGAAGCAAUGGAUGGUGCUGGAUAUAAGCACGUCCGUGAGAUAUAUGCUGACAUGCUGUUGGUUUUUAACAAUGCAAUGAAAUAUAAUGAUGAAACAAGUGAUGUUCAUUUGAUGGCAAAGACGUUGCUGGAAAAGUUUGAGGAGAAGUGGCUGCAGCUUUUGCCUAAAGUCACAGAAGAGGAUAAAAGACGUGAAGAGGAGAAAGUAGAGGCGCAACUUAAAAAGCAACUUGCUCAAGAGGCAGCUCGUGCUGAAUUGGCUAGGGAUCUUACUAACGAGCUUAAUGAGGCCAACAAGCAGCUAGAGGAACUAGGAGGAAUUUUGGGGAAAAAAUGCAGGAAAUUAUCUAUUAAGGAGAAGAGAGGUAUUGGGAUAUCGCUCGCUCAGCUAUGUCCUGAAGAUCUUGCUAAGGCAUUGGAAAUCGUAUCCCAGGAUAAACCUACAUUUCAAGCAACAGGGGAAGAGGUUGAGCUCGACAUUAGUGCUCAGAGUGAAUUUACCUUAUGGAGGCUAAAGUUUUUUUUAAGGGAUGCUCUAGGCUCUCAAAGAAAUAGUUCAAGCAAUGGCGGCAAAAACACCACUAAAAGUCGCCAUGCUGCAGUUUCGAACACAUCUGCAAUUGCCUCAAAACGGAAAAGAGAUAUAUGCAAUGCUCUUGCCAAAACUGCAAAGAAACGGGGUAAAAAGCUUUGUUCUUAAUAUAUAUGUUAGUCCCUGCUUUUAACGCGUGCAAGCUCUCCAAGCUCCCUGCAUGUUCUUGAUAACCAAAUUACAGUUUCUCAUGAAUUCCUUCUGCAAAAGAAAUAUGUGGAAUUGUGGCUGACCUACCUUGGACCAAUUUCUAAUUAGUCGAGACUUCAGAUGAAUACGCUGAACCAAAGGCUUACUAGGGAGUGGAGGAGUAGUACUCUUGCGGCGCUCAGAAAAAAUUGUAUAUAUAGAAGCAAUUCACUUGAAACUUAAAAAAUAUGUGAAAAACACUUGUUGAGAUAAAAUGGCUCGGAACAUCAAACAAAUUAGUUGUCAUAUUUCUUUAAUCUUAUCCGCAUUUAAACAAUCAA